AUGUUGAGACUUUCAUCCAAGAGAUUAUAUUCUACUGCUUCGAACUUAAUCAAGACUCCAUUAUACGAAGCACACAUCGAACUCGGUGGUAAGAUGGUGCCGUACGCUGGGUUUGAAAUGCCAGUUUUAUAUAAAUCCCAAUCUCACAUUGAUUCACAUAAUUGGGUCAGAUCCAAAGUAGGUUUAUUUGAUGUUUCUCAUAUGUUGCAACACAAGAUUACGGGUAAGAAUGCUAGAAAAUUGUUACAAAAGAUCACUCCAAUUGAUUUGGACACUUUACCAGUCAACACUUUCAGUUUGUCUGUAUUGUUAAAUAACGAAGGUGGUGUAAUUGAUGAUUGUAUAAUCACCAAACAUGGAGAAGAUGACUUCUACAUGGUUACAAAUGCAGGAUGUCGUGACAAAGAUAUUAAGUUUAUCAAAUCUGAACUUGCAAACUUUGACGAUGUUAACCAUGAUACUUUUGAAAGUACAUUAUUGGCUAUUCAAGGUCCAAAAUCACAAGAAAUUUUACAAAAAUUUACCAAUGAAGAUUUAAGCAAGAUUUAUUUUGGUCAAACUAAAUACUUGAAUCUUUCCCCAAUUAGCGAAUCAGUUCAUUUAGCUAGAUCUGGAUAUACUGGUGAAGAUGGUUUUGAAUUAUCUAUUCCAUCCUCCAAUCCACAAGAAUCUAAGCAAUCAUUGGAAUUUUUCAAAUCUUUAAUUAAUGAUUACCCUGAUACUGUCAAAGCUAUUGGAUUAGCUGCUAGAGAUUCAUUGAGAUUGGAAGCUGGUAUGUGUUUAUAUGGUCACGAAUUAACUGAAGAAAUAACUCCAGUUGAAGCAUCUUUGAGUUGGUUAAUUCCAAAAACUCGUCGUGAAUCAAAUAAUGAAUUCAAUGGUGCUAGUAAGAUUUUGAGUCAAUUGAAAGAUAAAUCUUCAUUUACCCAUAGAAGAAUUGGUUUGACUUCAAAAGGUCCAGCUCCAAGAGAAGAGAGUAAAAUAUUCAAUGAAGAUGGAACCAUUGAAAUUGGUUACGUUACUUCCGGUUCUGCUAGUCCUACAUUGGGUGGAAAUGUUGCUCAAGCUUACAUUGAUAAGAAAUACAAGAUUGGUUCUAAUAUUAAGAUUGAAAUCAGAGGCAAAUUAAGAGAUGGUAAGAUUGCAAAAUUACCAUUUGUUCCAAGUAACUUAUAUAAGCCAUAG